AUGACCACCCUUGACGAGAUGGACGAGUAUGUCGACUGGGACAAGGCUGGCGACGCCCUGGGUAACUCCAUGAGCAACGCAUUUCACCCCGAAUCCACCCUCGCCCACUCUACCGACAACGACAACAUCGAUCUCGUCCUAGCAAAUGUCAACGAGGACGACUUUAGUUUCUGCGCCCUGCAGCACUUCUCCGAGAACAACUUCGCCAUGCCCGAUGUCGCCACUGCUCCCCUCGACAUGGACUUGACCACGGCCCUCGACUGGGACUUCCCCUCGAAGCCGUGUACCAACUGCUCCCUCGGUGGCUUCUCGUGCAAGACCAUCCGAGAGGGUCAAUUGAAUGGCUACUGCACCAGCUGCGUUGCUCUGAGCGUCGACUGCAGCUUUGGCAACGGCGUUGGGCUCUUCAACCUCGAUCAGACAGCCUUCCCCGCAAACCAGUGGUCUGUAUCUGAUCUCCAACCAACCACCACCGUCCCCGACGAUGGCCAUGAUGACUCCCUCAGGUCGUCGCGGAACACAUCGGCAACUGACUUGGUCACAUUGGCCGAAGGCGGCUCGACCACCGCGGCCCCUCCUAAAAUCGGUGCUCGAUUCUCCAGAGAGUCUGUUCGCAUCCUGAAGAACUGGCUCUCCACUCACAACCGCCAUCCCUAUCCCAGUGACGAAGAGAAAGAAAUGCUUCAGCGACAAACCGGUCUCAACAAGACCCAAAUCACUAAUUGGCUAGCCAAUGCCCGCCGCCGUGGCAAAGUCCAGGCACAGGCCCCUCGUUCAACAUCCCCUCACUUCAAGACUUGGUCAGGUCCUAUGGAUAUUCCUCAGCGCCGAGGCACUCCUGCCCUCGAGGCCAUGAAUCCGCUUCAGCGUUGGGAGCAUUCUCCCCCAGAGAACGAACCCGCCUCGGUCACUGCUAUCGCCAGGGCCGUCACUGCCUCAUCAUCAGUCCUGUCGUCAGGACUGAACAGUCCCUUCAGCUUCCACUACACGGACGAUGGUUCAGGCAAAUCUCUCUGCAACCAGUCUUCGGCUAGCAGUUUAGGCACAUCACACUCCAGCAAUGGAUCGUUUGGCUCAGCCUACUCACAUGGAUCGCGAAAUUCCUGGGGCUCCUUUGGUUCAGCCCCGUUCAACACCCGAGGUCGUCGCCGUCGUCGACGAAGAACGGCAGCCGGGAAGCCGGGUAAUGAGACAAACACGAGCCUGGCAGCUCCUCUCAAGACCUUCCAGUGUACAUUCUGUACCGAAACUUUUAGAACAAAGCAUGACUGGCAGCGUCACGAAAAGUCGCUGCAUCUGUCUCUUGAGAGAUGGGUCUGCUCCCCCCACGGACCUCGAGCCGUCAACCCAGAAAACGGCCAGUUGUCUUGCGUUUUCUGCGGCUUGGCCAAUCCAGACGAUGCUCAUAUCGAGAGCCACAACCACUCAGCCUGCCAAGAGCGAUCAGGCGAAGAGAGAACAUUCUAUCGAAAGGAUCACCUCAACCAGCAUCUGCGCCUAGUCCACAACAUCAAGUUUUCGGACUGGUCCAUGAAAUCCUGGAAAAUUGCGACUCCCGAGAUUCGGUCACGGUGCGGUUUCUGUGGUAUCGUGAUGGAUACAUGGACCAUUCGAGUCGAUCACCUGGCGGAGCAUUUCAAGACUGGUUAUUCCAUGGCUGACUGGAAGGGUGACUGGGGUUUUGAAGUCCCUGUGCUCGACAUGGUCGAGAACUCUAUCCCUCCUUAUCUCAUUCAUUAUGAACGGAAUUCUCCAUUGCCAUAUGUAGCAAAUCAUUCUCCGCCAGAAACCCCCCGAAAUGCUUACGAGCUAAUCAAGCUCGAGUUGGCCUACUUCAUGGCGAACCACGAGGAGCAACAUGGACGACUACCAACCGACGACGAACUGAUGGUGGAAGGAUGCCGUAUUAUUUUUGCGAGCGAAUUGUUGUCUCUACAGGGAGUUGCAACUCUCCCUUCUUGGCUUCGUGAUAUUAUCAUGAACUCCGACGCGCUGGCACAGAAGGCGCGAUUCGGUCCCCUUCGUGGUGCAGCUGAAAACAGGCUCGCGUCACUCAAAAUUAACGGCAAGGAUAACAUUUUCGAGGAGUGCCCCAUGGAGGUGCAGCUUCAGGAGUUUGUUAGGUUCAAGAAGAUGUUGGGCCUGACGCCAAUGGACGACGAACUCCAAGAGGAGGCUUGCCACAUUGUGGGCCGCGUCGAAGAAGUGUCUACACACCCUUCUGACGCCAUCGCCAACUGGCUGUUGCGCCUGGUCGUAUCCUCCACCACCUGGUUGGCCCCGUUCCGACGACGAGCCCAUCUUCCACGGAACGAAGAUAUCAAGGAUCAAGUGUACCGUUCCACCGAUCCCACGCUGAUCGACUCAACCAUCCACAGCUACUCUCGCCUUGAGAGGGAACUGGGGGAUUAUCUCAACAGCCAACGGUCCCAGGGAUUUGAGCCUACGGAUGAGGAUUUACAGAGGGAAGCACGUAUCAUUAUCUAUGAGUUCGAUGACGGCUGGAACCAGACCGCAGCCGACAGCGUCACCUGGUUGAAGAAUUUCAGGGGCCGACACCCUAUUGUGGGAGCAACGACAGUAUCUGAUAGCUCACCAGCCAUCUCCCUCCAGCCGAGUACUCAGCCCACGAUGACCGAAACCCCACUCACCACAAUCACCAAGUCGCCUGAGUGCCCAAUGAAAAACACCCAGGGGCCUCAUGAGUCCCCAAACUCACUUCAACCUGGGCCCUUUUUCCUGAAUGACGCCAACUGUUACCGACGGUUAGCAAAGGAGCUGACAAGGUGGGUGUCAUCGAUAAUGUCACCAAACAACCCCAACCAGCAUGUACCUACCGAUGCCGAACUGCAACAUCAGGCUCGCUGGAUUCUUUAUGACGAUGAUGACCCAUGGAACCAGACUGCCGCGGAUAACAUAGAGUGGCUCAGGAGGUUCAAACGCCAGGUUGGCAUCCUGAAGGAGGACGGCCCUGGCCUCCCCGACUCAAACGCCUGGGCGGUUGAGCAAGGUGGCACUGGAUUUGCGCCGCCUUACGCUUGCCCCAAGUCUAUGCUUGAGCCAUUCCACGACAAUGUCCAGGUGCCGAUGAGAAUCGGAGCGAAGUCUUUCCCUGCAGGCCAAUCAGGGGCAAACGGCUACCUGGAGACUUUGUCGUCUCAGGAUGCUCGCCCAGCCUUGGUCUUCUGCUCCCGUGAGCUGGAGCGCGGCCUUAUCAGUUUCGUGGAGAACCAUGUGGCCAGCACAGGGCGGAUGCCGACGGAUGCGAUGAUGCAGGCCCGGGGUCGCCAGAUCCUCAAAUCGGACGCCACGGCAGCAGAGGACUCAACGCUGUUGACCAAGUUCAAGGAGAUGAUGGCCGAGAAGCUUCCGCAGGCCAGUCAGGCUGAGACAGCGAUCGAUGGCGCGCCCGCUAUGCCCAGCAAUAUGGAUGUGAACAUUUCGGACGAGGAUAUCGAUAACAUGUUACAAGACAUGAACUUUGAAUUCGACACCCAAGACUUUGGAGGGGUGUCAUUGUUGGGGAUGGAGGGAAUGGACGACAUGGGUGGUGUCAGUCUGAACAUGGACUGCUUCAGAAACUAG